AUUAAUCUGUGGAAAAAGACAACCUUUUUAUCCUAUCCUAAUGAUUUGAUACAAAUAAUUUUAAGGGUAUUUUAAAUGUAUUCAAUUGAUUUUUAUUUAAACUUCAAUAUUUAUUAUAAUCUCUGCAUAUUUCUUUAACGAUUAGUUUAAUUGUGCAAGCUUUUAAUGAACUUGUAUUGUCAAUGUCAAUUUAGGUUAUAAAAGUGAAUCAAGAAGUUUUUGCGUGGUUUUCCAUAAGUUAAAAUGGAUUCAGGGCCAGCCCAAGAGGUAACUGAGCUAUUAAGACAAUGGGAGGAGCAGCAUACGACACCCAGCUACGAUCCUAUACCGACUUUGACAAGGAUAGCAGAAAUAAUAGAAGCAGAAACAGAAAACUUCAUGAAAAAGGACCCAGACCCCUUUGAUGAGAGACAUCCUUCCCGCACUGACCCUGAAUGCGCUUUGGGACAUGCUCUCAAAGUUAUGUUUAAGAAGGACAAUUUUAUGACUAAGCUAGUAAAUGACUACGUACGAGACACAUACUAUUCUCGCCAGAACAUAACGGGGCGGGACGUGACCAAGCUGAAUGUAGCUGCUUGCAGACUGACCCUGGAUCUGAUGCCAGGCCUGGAGAUGAGUGUCGUGUUCCAGGAUAACGAAGCAUUAAUCCACCGGCUAGUAAACUGGGCGACCAGUGCUACGGACCCGCUGCAAUGUUACGCCACGGGGUUGCUGGCUGCUGCUAUGGAGGUCCAAGACAUUGCCACCAACUUUAGGGACGUCAACGCAAUGCUGGUGCCAUUGAUGUUGAAAAGACUACACGAAUUGAGGGCAAAGCCGUUAGAUGACAAGCCAGGCGCUAACCUAGUGACUCCGCCGAGUCAAACGCGCCACUUUGCACGCUUCGACAAGAAGAAGAACAACGAAUUCAAAUGUAAUGGACCCACGCCCGACAAAAAAGACCGUGAGAAAGACGAAGGCGGAGGGGGGCAUAACAUGUUGACAGAUGAAGUGCCUUCCAUUCCCAAAGAUCCUGAGACGCCCGUCAAAAACUUUAAUUGUAGUGCAGGGUCCCCUGAGCGUUGGGGCCUCAUGUCCCCCCCAGCGAGGCCCCCGCCGCCUGUACCCCCUGUCAUCCACCACGAGACCUCCUCCAACUCCAGCUGGGUAGAGAUGGAGACAUACGUCAUAGGUAACAUACAAAUCCAUCCGCCAACGGACGCCACGAAACAGAUGCUAAUACUCAGGUACCUGACUCCCAUCGGAGAAUAUCAAGAGUUCCUAUCCCACGUGUUCGAGUGGAACGCACUAGGCCUCAUUUUGGGGUACCUCAAUGUACGCGAGUCUCGGGACUCGAGACUCGCUUUUGAGGCCUUGAAGUAUCUAGCGGCGCUGCUGUGCCAUAAGAAGUUCUCUAUUGACUUCAUCAAUAUGGGAGGGCUGCAGAAAUUCCUAGAAGUGCCCCGUCCGUCCGUGGCCGCGACGGGCGUGUCUAUCUGUCUGUACUAUUUGGCGUAUUGCGAAGACGCGAUGGAGCGAGUCUGUCUCAUGCCGUCUCACAUCCUCGCUAAUCUCGUUGAAUACUCGCUCUGGCUUCUGGAAUGUUCGCACGACUCUGGAAGAUGUCACGCGACGAUGUUCUUUGGUCUCUCGUUCCAGUUUCGGGUCAUUUUAGAAGAAUUUGAUAAGCAGGAUGGCCUCAGAAAACUGUACAACGUGAUAUCAACUUUGCCCAUUUUGGGUUCGGACGAGGAAGAGUCGCGCGUGUCGGACGACGAAACGUGUGCGGCACGACAAAUCGUACGACAUGUCUGCGUUGCACUCAGAAGGUACUUUGAAGCUCAUUUGAGGAUACGAUCAGCACAAGUAGCAAGGCAACAGGGUGAUAACGUGCCUGAACCGCCUCCUUAUAAAGCAUCAAAAUCAACAGUAGAAGAGAUCCAAGAGCAGAUAGAGAUAGUGCAGAGCGCGUGGUGGGCGCGAUGGACCCCUGUAGAUGAGUUGCUAGAGUUGGGGGGCGUUUCUUUGUUACUACAAGUCGUUGGCUACGCGUAUGACUGGAACUUUAACGGCAGAGCGGAAACGGUCAGGUCAGCACUGGACGUCGUGUCUGUCUGUUGCGUCGCCCCGAGAGUCCAACUUCUGCUAACGGAGAAGAUCAAUAUGAGAGACGCGGACCUUACCACAGGCGUGCAUAUUGUACUUAGAUUUCUGUUGAUGCCAGGCGCGGCGGACGGCGACAUAGUGCCGGAGCCGGAGGUGCAGAAGGCGGCGCUGAACGUGCUCGUGAACUGCGUGUGCGCACCUGUGCAUAGGGGAGGUCCAUCAUCGGCGCGGUUUUCAUUAACUGGUUCAAGUAAAAAGAAGACAGCCGUCAAAUCAUAUGAAGAUGUUAUACAGAAGGUUUGGGAGAGCGUUCGGACGAAUAAUGGUAUUAUGGUGCUACUAUCGCUAAUGAUGGUGAAAUCCCCCAUCACCGACGCGGAUCGGUUGCGUGGUCUCGCGUGUCGUGCACUGGCCGGCCUGGCGCGAUGCCCCACCGUGCGACAGAUCAUCUCCAAGCUGCCGCUCUUCACCACCUCACAUCUCCAAGUGCUGAUGCGGGACCCAAUUCUCCAAGAGAAGAGACAAGAGCACGUGAUGUUCCAGAAGUACGCGCUGGAACUGCUGGAGCGAGUCUCGGGCAAGAGCAAACACAUGGGCGCCGAGUUCGAGACCUCGCUCGCUAACAUUCACAGGGCAAACGUGGUAGCGCAGACUAGGAUAAGUUACAACGAGAGACAGUUACUACAGCUUGUCGCGUCCCACCUGUGGGCGCGUGGGCUGAAGGACAGUGCCUCCGCGUUGCAGAGGGAAGCGGGACUCCCCCCUCCCGCGCCCCCCGUGCCUCCCCACCACCCGCCGCCCGUCUACACACCCUCCACACCAUCCAGAUCGCGCCUUUCCGUGUCGCGAGCCAGCAGUUGCGGGUCCAUGUUACAUCGAGACAGUCUGGACCACUCGCACGCGCCACACAAUGAAGACACUCCCGUGCCCUCCGUCAUCAAACUCAGGAAAGUCCAGAACCCAUCCCACACGAAUCCCACGGGGCCGUCCACACCACUGCCGGAACAGAAGCGAUCCCUCCAGAAGCAACUGAGUUCCAUGGGGAGUGACCGACCCUGCUCCCCACCUAGGGUUACUCUACACUCCAUCAUCACGGAGUACCUCUACAACCAGCACGCGCUAUGCAAGAACCCCGUCGUCACAUGCCCACAGUUCAACCUCUUUGAGCCGCAUAAAUGCCCCGAGCCGUCCUCAGGCGGUCUCGCCUCGGUGGCGGUGCGAGGUGCCGAGGCGACCAACCUUUUGGCCCGCGUGGUGCGGCGCGAGAUAUUCGGAAACACGUCGUGCCGUGCGCACGCGCGCCUCGCGCACUCCUACUUCGCGCACGUCAGAACGCUGAGGCUGCAGGACGAAGACGCGUACUUCACACACUCGAUAUUCCAUCCAACGCAACAGCAGCUGCUCACGGCGACGUCGUCCGGGGAUAUCCGGGUGUUCAACUUGUUCACCGGCGUCGAGGAGAACUCUUAUCAAGUACACGAGUCCUAUGUCUAUCAUAUGCAGGCGAGCAGAGACGGAUGCUUGUUACUAGCGUCGUCGACAACAUCAUGGCGGACCCUCUCAGCGCUGUGGAAUAUGAAGGAGUUUGAACAACUAUUCCAACUCGACAACGAAGAGUACGUGGAGUUCUCAAAGAUGACUGACGACCGGAUAAUCGGCACGAAGGGCGAAACGGCCAGCAUCUUCGACACCAGAACUGGACGAGAGCUGAUGACCCUGACUCCGGCCAUCUCCAACCAGUACGCGAAAAAUAGAGCCACCUUCAACCCCACGGACGAACUAGUGUUAUCAGAUGGGGUCCUCUGGGACGUGAACACGGGUAAAGAAAUACAUAAAUUCGACAAAUUGAACCAAACGCACAGCGGUGUCUUCCACCCCAAUGGACUAGAGGUAAUAUCAAACACAGAAGUAUGGGACCUGAGGACAUUCCACCUUCUAAGAACAGUGCCUUCGUUAGACAAAUCUGAGGUAAUAUUCAACCCCACAUGCAGUGCGCUGUACGCUAUGUGCUCGGACCAGGACUCGGAGGAGCGCAGCCAGUUCGACACCAGCUUCAAGACGCUGGACCCCUACGACUACUCCAGCAUAGCAACUAUCGACGUGAAACGCAACAUCUACGCUCUGGCCGUGUCCAGAUACGGCACGCAAAUAUCAUUGGUCGAGAACAUGGGUGACUUCGAGCAAGUGCAGGAGUCGUGCGUCAAGUUAUACGACGUGGGCAGGAAGCGCGACCACGACGACGAUGCGGAUGAGGAAGAAGAAGAAGAGCUGGCGCCGGGCUCCGAGAACGAUGACGGAUCCGACUCGGGCUCCGACAAUGUUGAUGACUUAGCCUCCAGCCUCCUGCAGCGAUACAACGCGGUGAUGGAGCUGGCGGACGGCUCCGGCUCCGGCUCGGCCUCCAACUCCGGCUCGGGCUCCGGCGACUCGUCGCACGACGACAACGACGAGCCGCCGCGACGACGACGACGCUUGCGCGCGCGCACGCGGCGGCGGGCGGCGGAAAGGAGGAGCAGUGACAGCGAUGGCGACAUAGACUUCGGCAAUAUCAUAGAGUUCGAAUUAGACUAAAGCUAAUAGCACAUUAGCACACAAUGACGCUAAAGGCGGACAAACUAGCGGACGUGGCUGACAGCCGCGACAGAUAGGUGUGGCGUGACCUCCCUGACCAUAUCCCCUGGUAAUAUCAGUAGGAAGGAUUCCGGGCAAGGAUUUGCAAUUUUUUUAUCAAAACAGUCAAAAUCAUUUACUCAAAGUAGGGACUAUUGUACUCCUUUUG